AUGGAAGGGAAAGCGCCGAGGGGCCGCGACGGCGACGACGACCAGGACCCGCUCGCCCUCACCCUCGGAUCCAUCUACGCCGCCGCCGACCCACGCGACGCCGACGCCGCCGUCGACGCUGGGGUCCAGCGGCCGCCGUUCCCGUGGGCGACGGAGCGGCCCGCGCAGCACGACACUCUGGAGGGCCUGCUGCGCCGGGGCGUCACUUCCGUCGAGGGCCAGGCGCGGUGCAAGCGCUGCAGCGACAGGAAGACCGUGUGGAUGUACCCGGCCCUGCCGGACUGCGACAAGUGCGGGAACAAGGGCGCCAUGUGGCCGGAGAUCGCGGCCGAGAAGCGCGAGAUCAACUGGCUGUUCCUCCUCCUGGGCCAGAUGCUCGGCUGCUGCACGCUGGAGCAGCUCAAGUACUUCUGCAAAAAGACCGGCAGGCACCGCACCGGUGCCAAGAACAGGGUGCUCUACUACGCCUACAUCGAGAUGUGCAACCAGCUUGAGCCGUUGGAUUGAAUGGUGCCGCGCCGGUAAAGUUUCCCAGCGCAUCUAGAUUAAUUUGUCAGUCGUCAGAACUCCACAGAUUUUGAGGGUGUCUGUUGUU